CCUCGACUCUCACAUUCCCUCGGCCUACGAUCCUUCUCCAGCUCAGCUCGCUCCACAAUGAAGGUCAUCCCUGUCCCCGUCCGCGACGACAACUAUGCCUACGUCGUAGUCGACACUCCAUCCAACUCGGGUGUCUUCAUUGACCCCUUCACCCUGUCCAAGGUGCAAUCCGCCGCCUCCAGCGCUGGCCUCUCGUCGGUGCAAGGCUGCAUCACCACGCACCACCACCAGGAUCACUCUGGCGGGAACGGCGACUUUGCAAAGGCCUACCCCAAGGCAACCAUCUGGGCUGGAAGCGACACGCCUGUGAUGAAUGAGCUCGUCAAAGAUGGCUCGACGUUUGACAUUGGAGAGAGCAUCAAGGUCAAGUGCUAUGCAACGCCAUGCCACACGCAGGACUCGAUUGCUUUCUUCCUCGAGGAUAAGCGUGACAGCGUACCGGAAGGAGAGGUCAAGAGGGCCGUCUUUACUGGUGACACGCUCUUCAUCUCUGGUUGCGGUCGCUUCUUCGAAGGCACCCCAGAGCAGAUGCACACUUCCCUCAACAAGACGCUCGCUUCUCUCCCCGGCGACACAGUCGUAAUGUGUGGACACGAGUACACACGCAGCAACGUCGCCUUUAGCGCUGGCGUCUUGCCGGACCGCCCCGCCAUCCAGUCCCUGGCCGAGGAUCUGCGCAACAAGAGGAACAACGGUGUGACUACAGGCGUGUACACCAUUGCGGAUGAGAAGAAGCACAACGUCUUUAUGCUCGUGGGAGAUGCAGAGGUGCAGAAAAAGGUGGGGACCGAGGGUAAGGGGGAGAUUGAGACGAUGAAGGUGCUGAGGGAACUCAAGAAUGCAGGCAAGAUGAUGGCACAAUUGUAGACCCGAUUGUUCACCAACGAAACAAAGCGAUUCCAUUGCAUCCAUGUGCGAGG